AUGCCACAUACAAGCCACAGAAAGAAGAAGCAUGUCCAGAACAAGAGAACGGAGAUCCUGGAUGACGAUGGCUGGACACGGAUUUCCUCGUCCAGCACUUCCACAGGGAAACCACCCCCUACCACAUCGACGCCUACCGGGAAUGAAACUUCAAGCGCAGCAGGACCCCAUAUCCUCAGCGCAAGCGGAUCAUUACCGGCUCGCGACCCCAUGCCGGCCCUCCCAGGAUCGAGCCUCCCGUCCAUGCUCUCUCGGUUCAACGACAUCGAGUCGCGCUGGCAGGCCACCGAUCUUUGUAAAACGCUCACCCACGUCCUGGAGGAGGAGAUCUUGACGAGGCACACUGGACAGAUUGGCCCCGUCUCCACGUGCGUCAUGCUCGGCAGCGGCUCCUUCUGCGGCGACGCGGCGCACUGGAUCGACAGGCACGACUCGGCGUACUUUCAGCUCGCGGCGUUCAGGACCAUCGUCCACACGGUGGAGAGGGUGUCAGGCCAGCGUGUGCGCACGUACGCCCAGGAGCCGAACUACAAUGACUUGGACGCCGAGCUGCUCAAGUCGCUCGACAUCACGAGGGUGGAUCAUCCGCGGGGGUUCGAAUUGCUGGACGAGCACGCCGUGGCGUAUUCGCCGGCCGCGGAACGCGAGGUCGAGGCGGGUAUUAUGGCGAGGAAGCCGAGGGUCUGGCUCCAUCGAUCGUUGGAUUACUUGCUGGAAGAGGGCGGUCUGGGAACGAGGUCGGCGGUGGAGUUCGCGACCAGUCACGACCACAGAAAAUUGCCGGCCCUGGAUGUCAAGAACUUUCCAUUCCACGGAUCGGUGAUUUGGUGGAGGAAGAGGGAGCAGGACCCAGAUCAUGGCCAAGACCAUCCAAUCGAGGAGAUCGAUACCUGA